CCUUAAAAUGAGGAAUGAAGAACUGAAAGUAAGCAGCUGAGGCAGGGCUGGAGUGGCUGCAUCUGAGUCACAAGCUGUUCUGUUGCAGGAGGCUGUUAAAUUUUAUCUGCUCUUAAAAUUUUGCCAAAGCAAAGUGCUUUUCCAGUUGGUAAAGAAAAGUGCUUUUCACUCCUAGUGAAGUUGGAGGGACCGGCCAGCUGCACUCCCUUUGCAGAGAUAAGGGCUUAUCAUCUGCCAUCACCCAUAAGAGAGGCAGCAGCGUUUUGGGGAGCUUCACCAAGGCCAGUAAGCAGAAUGCAGUGUAUUCAGGGUACAAGUAUUUAAGCUGAGUACCAUCAGGAGGACUUCCUGGUGGUGACAGAUGAUGCUCUUUCAAAGCCAGUGGGAGAUUCGCUGCUGUUCUUGCAGGGCACCGUGCAUCAGGCCUGAGGCUGAGCAGCCCUGCAAGGACUCACAGACAAGUGGCAAAGGGUGAGUUUGAAUUAGGGUGAGUGAGACUGUGCCCGUACUGCAGGCAGGGCAUAGCUGAGCUCAUGUACUCUUUCCAGUUUUGGAUUCUCAGGGGAAAAAACAACUGGUCUCACAGGAAGAACCUGUGCGAGGUUUCAGUUGGAAGCAUGCUUUGGUUUAGGUGCUGAUGGCUUUUUUCCUCACCAAUUGACUGCCAAACUGUUCCUGACACUCAAAGCAGAAGGGAACACAAUUGUCAGCCCUUAUUCCUAUCCAUCAGAAAAUACUAAAAUGCAACAUUCCCCUCAUUUUCUAAACAUCUGUCCAUAUCUGUUCAGAAAGAUCUGAAAAGUGGUGUUCAGUGUGCCCUGUUAGUUCUUUAGCUGAAAUAUCUCCUUCCUCAGCAUGAUUCUGCUGUGCAUUUGUGCCCAUAACCAUCACUGGGUAUUUAUCCCAAUUGUACUCUUUGUUUUAAAAUACUUGCUGGGACAGUAGGUUUCCUGAUGGUCUCCUAGGUACCAUUGAACAGCAGCAGAAAAAUUCCCUGGGUUCUUCAAAUUAUUACAAUGCCCAAAGCAGAUUUGUCAUGUACUGUUUUCAGACAAGUUCCUUGCAAGGUUUCUUAUAUAUGGGAAGAUGGGGUAAUAGUGUUGAAAAUAAUAUGGCACUUGGAUCCAGCUUUAGGCGUCAUAAUAAGUGAUUUUCUUUUAGAAUAGUACUGAAUGCUAUUUACUGCUCCCACGGGGAAAGUAAAUAUAGAGCAGCUCCAUUCCUUUGGAAACUGGGUCACUUAUAAAGGGGAGGUGUUCAAUUUAUCCAAUUUAAUGGUAAGUGUGAAGCCUCCAUUUAAGCACCUUAAAGAGGUCCUCCGGGGACCUGUUAAACCCAACAGCCUCACCAUGACAGAUGCAGUUCCUGGUUCAAAAGGUUCCCAAACUGCUGAUUCCUGGAAGCAGGGAAGGUUUCCACCCUGGGGCUGUCUUCUAGGGCAAACUACCACCAAUGGAAGUAAAAUUUUUUUUCCCUGCAUUCUGGGUUGCCUGGAUUAACUGGCUUUCAUCCAGAGGGAACUUCACUGAUCUAUUUUGCUUUCGUUGAACCUCUCUACUGCAUGUCAUAAGGAUUUCCUAGAUCCAGAGGCUGCAUGAAAGACAACUGCGCAGCACAAAAAUGUGACUCUGACAAGCUUUCUGUCAAGGAAUUUUCUACUGAUCAGUUUAUCAUUUAAAUGUAUAACUGAAGCAUGCAUAAUAGUUAACCUUAUAGGGAAAGGAAAAAAGGUUUCUCAUUAAUUAGGACUGGCGAAAAAAGCAGUCACCUGAAGCUUCAAAAUGAGUGCUCCGUUAAUCCCAAACAAGUCAUGUUAUGCCCAGCUUCAGGAUAACUGCAGCGAAAUAAAAAAUAAUAAUGAAAGCAUAGUGAGUGUGGGGGAUCCCAAUGCCAACCAAAUCGUGACAAAAGUUAGAACCACUGAAAGGGACGUUAAGAAACGUGAUUUGAUAGAUGGGAAUAUACACACUGGAGGAUCAGAGAAAGUUACCCAUCUGAAUACAGAGCAGAGCAAACUUCUGACCUUCAAAGACUCUCGGACCUGUCACACCGGUGUACAGGAAAGUAAGCUGCCCACCACCACAAGCAAGGAAAUGGGGAAAGAUUGCAGGACUAGCGAAGCUAAGAAUAUAUCAAGGCAUAUCAGGAUUAGCCGAGGACAAAGUCUGUCCAAUUUAAAAAGCAGCACAAAUGAUGCCAACCUGGAGGUUAUUUCCAAAGGUGAUGUUGACUUCACCCAGAACUUUUCAAAGGGUAAAAUACCCAGGACUGUGGAGAUGGAGAGAAUAAAAAGGCUUUCUUUGGGAAGACCAAAUAAAUUCUCUCCUCAGUCUGAAACAUUUGCAAAAGACUCUGUUAGCCGCGUGUCGUGUAAACGUCUGCUUUCUGCAUCAUUGGACUCCAUCGACAGGUCGCACCAUUUGAUAGGAAAUACAGAAAAAUCACAAAAACCAUCCACGGAUCAUUUUCUUGGGAUGGUGUUUCAUCCACUUGACAAUACCUCAGAGGAAAAUACUGUAUGUUAUUCCAAACCAUCUACCUCAGGGAACAAGAAAAUAAGUAAACCAGAAAAUGUACCAAAUGUUAAUGUUGAAAGCACACUGCAUACUUCUCAUUCUCAACAUUCAACUGUUAAGCCCAAUGAGAUUGCUAGUAAAUCAGAAGCACAAUUAGGUCAGGGUGAUAAAAGUAAAAAACUGGAGCUUAAGACUGCACCUUCUCUACAAUCUAAAAAUACGUGUCAACAAAAGAUUGAGAGAAUUAUGCUGGUAGAGUUCUUGGGAUGUCAAAAAGAUGAAAAUACAGCAACACAGGAACAGAAAGGCUCUGGGUCUGACGCAUCAAAAUUUCAAGCAUCUCAUCUUCAAGACAUCUGUAAUAAAGUAGAGGAUCCCUUGUCAAACCAGGUGGUAACCUACCCUGAUGACAAAUUGUUAAGUGAUAACAGCAGCAUGCAUGGGGAGGGGAGAGGAAGCAGUGAUAGUGACAAAAGGGCAACUAGCCAGGCUGGUGAAGAAUAUUUUACGGAUGAAGAAGUGGAAACAAUAUUCCCACUCACCCGCGACAGUAAAUCCAGUGACAAAGUGACACCUAGAAAAAAUGAAAAUUUACAUGAAGUUGACACAGGUUGCACUGAAACAGUUGGUGAACAGAUAUCUCUUACACAUAACAUUAAUCUACCUGACAGCAAACCCUUGAAAUUUAAUGAGAAUAAACUGACGCUAGUCAAAGGAAACACUGAGGAUGCUGCCAUGCCUGCUUCUGAUCUCUCAGAUCAGCAUGGGGCGUGCAGUACAGACACAGUGUCAAACCAGCAACCUGACAACCAUGACAGCGAUCCAGAAACCCCGAGCUUUUCAGUUCCAAGUAAAAAGACAGCUAAUGCACAGAAACAUCCUCCAGCCGAAACACCAGAGAGUUGUAAGGUUUCAGCAAAGGCUGAUGCCUUUUUAUGUGUCCCAACCCCUGUGCGCCCGGUGGCAACACUGGAUGUUAAUAGUCAGCCCACACUAUCAAACAGUAAUUUGAAGGACCUUUAUGCACUUCAUGUUGACAAACUGUCACCCUCCUCAGUCCUACCUCCCAUUGACAGUACGCAGUUGUUAAACAUAUCCCCUAAAGUGCCUAUCAAGACUGCUUGCAGCAGCGCCAUCCCAAAACCUAUCCUGGUUCACUCCAAGGGCUCCCUCACAGAUAAGGUGGAUGUGGACAGUGACUGCAGUGAAAAGCUGGAAGAAAGCAUUGAGAUAAAACCUGCCAUACCCAGGCCCAAACCUGUGAGACCUAAAAUCAUCACAUACAUUAGGAGAAACCCUCGUUCCAUAGAGCAGCUUGAGCCUUCAUUUGCGCCAGCAGGCCUGCCCUUUGGUACCCCUGCCUGUGGCAUGCCCACCUCUACCGAGCAGAAGGUGUCCAAUGGAGGGGAGGCAAAGCCCCCCAGCAUCCUGUAUGAAAAGUUUAAACCUGACCUCCAGAAACCAAGACUCUUCAGUUCUGGUGUUGUGGUUUCAGGAAUUAGGCCCCCUGGCCACCACUUCGGUCCAAUGAGUGAGAAGUUUCUGCAGGAGGUUGGGGAGAGGCCUGCGAAAGAUGAAUUUUGCCCUCCACCAUAUACGCACUACGAGGUCCCACCAAGUUUUUAUCGAUCUGCCAUGAUACUCAAGCCACAGUUAGGACUGGGUGCAGUGUCCAGGUUACCAUCUGCAAAAAGCAGGAUUCUCAUUGCAAGUCAAAGAUCCUCAGGUAGCUGUCUCCAUCAGCAAGGAGAAAUAACGAGUGCACCCAGCCUCUAUCAUCCUGAUGCUUCAGUUGAUCUUAAGAAAGGCUCAUGUCCAAGUGCUGCAAAGUCAAAUCUCCCCAAGCCGUGCCAGUCUGGACUUCGUCCUCCAGGUUAUUCACGGUUGCCAGCAGCUAAGCUGGCUGCAUUUGGUUUUGUCAGGAGCUCAAGUGUAUCCUCUGUCUCCAGCAACCAGUCGAAUGACAGUGCUCAGAGUGAUCAAAGCAGGACAACCAACCGUUCCAGCUUUGGAAACGAAGAGCAAACCGCUCCUAAGGCGUCCGCACCUUCUAAAGACAUCCCCAAAGGGGGGAGCAAGAGCACGACACAGGUAUCGAGCACCAUAGCGACUCCACGCAGGAGCUUACUUCCAGCACCAAAAACUGCCACAGCACCUGCUGGUCUGAAGAAAGAAGUGCAAAAAGAUCAGGAGUCUAACAGACCAGCUGUCUCAUCCCCUAAGAAAUCAGCAGUAACAGCCACCAAGCUCCAUUCACCAGGACAUCCCAAGCAAAGGCCAGCCACCCCAAAGAAUGGAUUCUCCCCCAAACCAGGAGAGAGUCGAGAUGCUGAAAAGCAGUUUGUUCAGAGACUGAAGGAAAAGUGUGAUGAGCAGUCCCGGCAAUUAAGCAAUAUUCGAGAUGAGCUUAAAAAGACCAGCUGUGGAUUUGAUGUCUUUGCUAUAACAACACAGCACUUUUUCAUGCAGAAUGAAAAUGCCCUUGUGAAAGUAAAGGAGUUAGGAGUCGAGCUUGCAAAGAUCAGGGAUGAAAUUGCCCUCAACACAGCGAGAUGGAAGAACCUACAGAGUGAGAAGGAGGAGCUGGAAAAGCGCUUUGAGGAGGAGCGGCAGCAGCUUCGCAGGCAGCAGCAGGAGGAGCUGCAGGCGCUGGAGCAGCAGCUGAAGGAGGAGGACAACACUGAGAAGGAGAACCUGCAGGAGCAGCACAGCCUGCAGCUGGAGCAAGUCAAAUUGCAGCAUCAGGAUCAGGUGGAAGAUAUCACCGCUUCACAUGAGGCUGCCAUCUUACAGUUGGAAAAUGACCAUAUAGUUGCCAUUACGGUGCUGAAGGAUGAGAACGACUGGAAGAUUCAAGAACUGAAUACUGGUCACAAGCUGGAAAAGGCACAAUUAGAAGAGAAUUUUGAAAAACUGCGUCUGUCACUCCAGGACCAGAUAGACACCCUCACCUUCCAGAACCAAUCUCUUAAGGCCAAAGCAGACCGAUUUGAAGAGGCUCUGAAGAAAAACACCGAGGAACAACUGAAGAUUGUACGAGCUCCAUAUCUGCACAUAGAAGAAGAUCUGAAGAGCUUAAAACAUGUUCUGGAAAUGAAGACCCAUCAGAUUCACCAACAGGAGAAGAUGAUUAUGGAGCUAGAAAAACAGGUUGAAAAAAAUUUUAAACUGGAAGAAAAAAUCACUGUGCUGCAGCAGCAGAAUGAAGAACUCAGAGCCAGAAUUGAGCAAAAUACUGUCAUAACAAGGCAAUUAUCAGAGGAGAACGCUAAUCUUCAAGAAUACGUUGAGAAAGAAGUGGAGGAGAAGAAGAAGCUGAGCAGGACUAAUGAAGAGCUCCUCUGGAAGCUGCAGGAGGGAGAAGCUGUGAGCCCCGUGAAACUCCCACCCGCGUCGUCCACUUCUUUUCAUCGCUGCGCAUCCGGGGACUCCUCUCCAGCUAAAGUCAGAACCUUGCGGCGGUGAUUUCGCCCCAGCGCGCCAAAGGUCCCCUGCCUUUUAUGCAUUUCCAAUCUGCUAAAUGUUACCAUCCAAGGAAGUCUUACCAUCAUCAGGCGCCCAGGGCUCAUGGCUGCAAGCGUGCUUGGUAGCUGCAUAGCUUUACACUAGGCAGGGUACUCUUACAGUCCCCAUAUAGGAGAUCUUGGUUCUGACGUGGUGAUGAGGGUAGCAAAGAAGACAGCAAAAAGCCAGGACAGCAGAAGGUUAGAAUAGCAAAGCGGUUAGUUUGAUGUAUUAAGAUUUUAACUAUGGUUAGAGCCAAAAGUUGGAAAAUACUAUAUUAAUGGUUCAUCAGAAUGAACUUUUGCUGCAGUAUUUCAGGUUAGUUACAAAUACAGUUCAAGUUGUUAAUAUUUCUGUAUAUGUGUCUGUGUUUAUAUACAUGUACGUAUUGUACCUUUAUACCUAUAUAUAGACGCACACACAUAUAUACGUAGUUGAAGAUGUUCUGAAUUGCAUUUUUUUAUAUUAUUGGAUACUAUUAAGUGCUGAUAUAUUUUCAUGACAGUCAGCAGUUUUCUAACUCGUGCCUAAGACUUGUAUCUAAAUGAAAAGCAUUUCUGUUUAGCUUCCCAGGAAUAUUUAUACCCAAUGUAGAAGAAAGUUACACAGAAGUAGAAGCGCCUUCCAAAUGACCACCAAGUGGUACUCUAUUUAACAAGAACACCAGCGACUUUGAAAUUUUGAGACAGUACUGCCUUUGAAACCAUCACCUUUGCAUUGAACACCAGACCAGAUACGCAUACUACUCACUGCUUUUUAACUCUUAGCAUCGAUAUUGUAAGUGGACAUAGUAUAGAGAUGAGAAACCUGAGGGUUUUAGCAAAUUUGGUAGAGGUUACUGGUUAACGUGUUUCAAUUUUAGUGACUUUAAAUCCUAGUUAGGUCUUGUCUUAUUUUACCUUGUCCUGGUUUGAAUACAACUAAAAUAUCUGGUUGUAACUGCCUCUCCAUUUUGAUUUAUUUUAAGUCCCAUAAGCAAGAAGGAGAAAAUAAGUUAUUCAACCUUGAUCUUUGCUGGCCAAGAGGUUUCCAGCAUUAGGAUGAGAUACCAGGCACCUGCCAGGGCUCUAGGUUCCUCCCAUCUGAAACACCAAACAGAGCGCAGCGGACUACAUGGGCGCAAAUGAGGUCAGAAUUUCUUUCCUUCCACAUAUAUACAUUAUUUCACGUUGCUAAAGCUUGCCCAAAGUUACAGAGCACUUUUUGAAGAUUCAUGGAAAAGAGUGGCUAAACUACCUUUAACUUUCCCUGCCUAGAAGCAAAAAAAAAAAAAAAUUCACCCAGGGUUGGGGUGACCCCCACCCACCCAAAGGGGUGGUGAGGCUGAGGAGUGGCUGGGAUGGGACGGGUGCAGGGCCCUUGUGGGCACUGCUCGCAAGAAAAAAAUAUGCCUGAGCAUAAUUUAAAAAGAGGAAAAAAGAAAGAAAAAGAGAUCUGUGGGAUGCUUUUCUAUCCAGCUUGUGGCAGAGAGCCUGAGUGUGUUCCUGGUCUGAGCACCGGGGUCAAGGCAAGCGAGAGACCGUACGUGCAGCAAACCCCUGGGGUGGGGGAGGGCGGCUCUCCUUCCCACCCGGCUCUGCUUCAGCUUUCCUGGGAAGUCCUCAGGAUUCACAGACUGCAGCUUAGAUACAGCUUCAACCAUCAUCAAAGCGCCUGUGGCCUGUUCCACAGCACUUAAAAAAAAAAAAAAAAAGGUGGGUUUUUUUUCUUCUUUUUAGAGAAAUUUAUUUUUGUAGCAGCUUUUGCAUGAUACUGAGUAAACUGAGCAUCUUGUUAGAAUAGAUCCUGCCACACCAACUACUACUGUUGAAGUGCAUUACUAGAUUUUAGUGUGUCCAGCAAAUACAACCUGAAAGUAGAAUAGAUGCCUAACACACACGCAUACAAAGCCCCUCCUUGCCAAGUACAAUUUUAAUCACUUUCACACGUGCUAAAUGCCCAGAUACCUGCAAUAUCUACUGCAUUGUUAUGUUGCAGUCUGCCCAUGCAAUUCUGAGGCAAUGAGAUCAUAGAACUAUAGAAUGGUUCAGGUUGGAAGGGACCUUUAAAGACCAUCAAGUCCAACCCUCCUGCCAUGGGUACGGACAUCUUUCAGCAGAUCAUGCUGCUCAAAGCUCCAUCCAACUUGACCUUGAACACUUCUAGGGAUGGAACAGCUACAACUUCUCUGGACAACCUGUUCCAGUGUCUCAUCAUCCUCAUUGUAAAUAAUUUCUUUCUUAUGUU